AAAGAGAACAGGAUAAACCAGAGCGAGGCGUGGAAUCACCUGUCUAACUGCUCAAUAGUAUUCAAUCUGAGCAACGAUCCGGUGCUCAAGUAUACUACGGCGCUUGUGGAAGAUAGGGGUGUGUCCGUCCAAGCAUUCACAAGCACGCGGCUGCAGAAGGAAACUCUGUAUGUGGAAACCCUGACAAGAAGGUUUCAGAUAAGCUGUUCACAGAAGGAGGAUGUCGAGGGCGAUAAUAGAUUCUUUACG